AUGGAUGUCGUCUACCAACGAGCACACAUCUGCAUCGGUCUCAUGAGCAACACAUGGGAGCAGCGUCACCUCGACGCUCUCCUCCUCGGCUACGAGUUCGACCACAUGGGCCGCCCCAAAGUCGACAACCACCCCGGUCGCCGCGGCCCUCCACCUGUCCCCCCAAAAUACUUCUUUGCAUCAGGCCAAAAGAGUUACUACGAAGACCUAACAGAGGCGGGCGGGAUUCUGUUGGGAGACCAAUGGAACACGCGAGCUUGGAUCUUUCAGGAAGCCCUCGUCUCGGUAGAUAAGAUACUCCUUCUCUUCCCGAUCGUUGGCACCGACCACAUCACGCCGACGUUUGAUGACGAGAUGCGUGAGAUGGGGCUCUUCGACGCCAUCAGGUUCUUUUACCCACGCUUGCUGAAUAACGGCGAUCUGCUCGGCUUCAGCGAGUUUCACAACCGGAAGAGGUGCGAUGCCGCCACGGCGCUGUCGUUUCUCAACCGACGGGGCUUGUUUCGGGACGAGGACCGCGUUGCGAUUAUGGCGAACUUGUGCGGGUACGAGCUGAGGCUUGAUACGGUCGCGAUUGAGAAGGAUGGUUACGAUCUGUUCCACUGCGUACUCGCUCUCGCUUUGGUCAACGGAGACCUGUCUCUCUUACCGCCUGAGUUGUACAAAGUCCCAGAAACCCAUCCGAUCAUAUUUCCACCUGGAGGGCAGGAAUCAGACUUCAGUUGGGCUCACUCCCUGACACAAGACCCACGAUUUGUUUAUUCGACAAUGAUGGUACCGGCUUCCAAUACAACAGUAGCAGACGACCACCGACAGUACGGCCUUUCUGCAUCGGGGCUUUCGCUUCUCGGAACUCUCUGGCAAGUCAAGGAGUUCAUCUCGCUUAAGCUUAUCAAGACAAAACACUUCGCAAGAUGGCAAGAGGCCAAAAAGUCCGGAACGAGCGCGGACGUCAGGCGCGAGGCUGUUGGACAGGUUAUUUUCGACAUCAUCAUGCUGCUUCGAGCCAAAGGCGAUAUCGAAGUCGCAGAUGCCAUCCUGAAUUCAACGUCGGAUCCGAAGUUCCGCGACAGAGCACCUCCGAGAGCUGCUCCAGAACCAGAAAAGGGCUUUAUGAAGGGACCGUUUUCCAGAAAGACGAGAACAGACUCACAGACUGUUUCGACCACAUCCAAGGACCGGCGGGGUAACAUAUUUCAAGCGGACAGCAUAGUCGAGUCCGUUUUGGAGAUGCCGCGCGAUUUGACAGAGCCGCCCGAGAACAUGUUCUGGCUCAGCUGGCAGCCAUCCGGAGAAAGAACGAUGCACCAGUCUUGGAUCGUGGACCGCGUCAUGGAGAACGGAGGUCUCUGGUUGGCUCAUCCUGCCGACGAGUGGAACGCAGGAAUACCCUUCGGAGUUAAUAGACAAGCACCCGGAUCAGCUUCUAAAGGUGGCGAGACGAGAGACGGUACUGUUGUAUCAAUAUCGGAACGCUGGGAGAAGUUGCAGGAGGACCCGAAUACUGACUUGCUGCUAAUGUGGCGCUUUUUCCAGGAGAGCGGCUCGACUUUCUCCGAACAGAGCCACGCGAUAAAGCUUGAGCUUGUUUCUGCGUAUGCGAAAUACAUGGAGCAUGCGAAUGACUAUCUCGACGAAGGGGACGAGGGAGAGGCCCAGGCAGUAACAUGGUCGGAUACCUGCUAUGCAGUACUGGACUGUCCGUUUGAUCACGCAGGCGCAGCUCGAGUCGAUUCCCAGACCGCGGACGCGGGCGUUGAGCGUUUCGUGGGUCGUUGA